AUGGCUCCAAGGGUUAUCGUCGUUGGCGGUGGAUUGUCCGGCCUGAGUGCUGCUCACACCGUCUACCUGAACGGUGGUAACGUGCUGCUUUUGGACAAACAGAGCUUCUUCGGCGGAAACUCGACCAAGGCCACCUCCGGCAUCAACGGAGCCCUCACACGCACCCAGGUCGAUCUCGGCAUCCAGGACAGCGUCAAGCAGUUCUACGAGGACACCCUCAAGUCCGCCAGAGACAAGGCCCGCCCAGACCUGAUCAAGGUGCUCACAUACAAGUCUGCCUCCGCCGUCGAGUGGCUGCAGGAUGUCUUCAACCUCGACCUGACCCUCGUGUCUCGACUUGGUGGACACUCGUUCCCCCGCACACACCGUGGCCACGAUGCCAAAUUCCCCGGCAUGGCCAUUACAUACGCCCUCAUGCAGCGACUUGAGGAGCUGACCGAGAAGGAGCCAGAGCGCAUGAAGGUGCUUAAGAAGGCCAGAGUUAUUGCCGUCAAUAAGGAAGGUAACCAGGUCACCGGUGUCACAUACGAGUACAAUGGUGAAACCCACACCGAAAACGGUGUCGUCGUGCUCGCUACCGGUGGUUACGCCGCCGAUUUCACCGAGACUUCCCUCUUGAAGAAAUGGCGUCCAGACACCCUCGGACUGUCCAGUACCAACGGUGUCCACGCUACCGGUGACGGCCAGAAGAUGCUCAUGGCCAUUGGCGCCAACGGUAUCGACAUGGACAAGGUCCAGGUCCAUCCCACCGGUCUCAUCGACCCCAAGGACCCCGGUUCCAAGUGGAAGUUCCUUGCCGCUGAGGCUCUCCGCGGUGAAGGUGGUCUCCUGCUGAACUCCGACGGCCAACGUUUUGCCGACGAGCUCGGCCACCGUGACUACGUGUCUGGCCAGAUGUGGAAGGAAAAAGAAAAGGGCAAAUGGCCCAUCCGCCUUGUCCUCAACAGCAAGGCCUCCAAUAUCCUUGAUUUCCACACCCGCCACUACUCCGGCCGUGGUCUCAUGAAGAAGAUGACCGGAGCCGAACUCGCUAAGGAGAUCGGUUGUGGCGAAGCUGCCCUCCGCAAGACAUUCGAUGACUACAAUGCCAUCGGAGACGGCAAGAAGACUGAUCCAUGGGGCAAGAAGUUCUUCCACAACCUCCCCAUGAGGACGGAUGACACCUUCUACGUCGCCUUGAUGGAACCCGUCCUUCAUUUCACCAUGGGUGGUAUCGAGAUCAACGACAAAGCCCAGGUCUUGAACAGCGAGAAGAAGCCAUUCGAUGGUCUCUUCGCCUGUGGUGAGCUUGCCGGUGGUGUCCACGGCGCCAACCGACUUGGUGGCUCCUCGCUGCUCGGCUGCGUCGUCUACGGCCGUGUCGCCGGUGACUCUGCCAGUCAAUUCCUCUUCCAAAAACUUCUCAACGAUCCUGCCUCUGCUAGCGGCGGUGCACAACAGCGUCUGAACCAGAUAUCCCUGCACAUUGACCCCAACCAGCCAGGCAAGGUAUCUGUCGAAUGGAGUGCCCCGUCAGGUAAGCCUAGCACCACCCAAUCCGCCACCCCAAGCACAGCACCUGCACCAUCUUCAUCAUCUGCAUCAUCUGCAUCAUCUGCUCCCACUGGCGCUGGCGCUGGCGCCGCCGCCUCCGACCCAGCCGCCGCUGAUAUAGCAAACUUCAAGGUGCCCGAGAAGGAGUUCACGAUGGAAGAGGUAGCGAAACACAAUAAGAAGGACGACCUCUGGAUCGUUGUCAAGGGCGUAGUGAUGGAUGUGACGAACUGGUUGGAUGAGCAUCCCGGUGGAGCGCAGGCGUUGUUCAGCCAUAUGGGACGAGAUGCCACCGAAGAAUUCGAGAUGUUGCACGACGACGAGGUUAUUCCAAAGUACGCUGCCCAGGUCGUCAUUGGACGCGUGAAGGGCCAGACGCCUAGCCUGGAGUAUUAG